UGUCUCCCCAACCAAGAAUGAAUGAUUGAGUAACAGAAAGUCUUCAAUUCUAAAAAAAACAGAUAAAAAGCCACUACCUUUUCUUCUCCUUCUUCUUCUUUUCGGAUCGGAUCCGAAAACCAAAGAGACUGUGAAUUGGUAGUGGUGGUGGAACAAUGGCGAAGAAGGCUGUACUGAUCGGGAUCAACUACCCGGGAACAAAGGCGGAGCUGAAAGGGUGCGUGAACGACGUGUGGAGGAUGCAGAAAUGCUUGAUCAACAGGUACGGUUUCUCCGAAGAUGAUAUCACCGUGUUGAUCGAUACAGACUCUUCCUACACGGAGCCUACCGGGAAGAACAUCCGCCGGGAGCUGACUAGACUCGUCCGAUCGGCUGAGUCCGGCGACGUCCUUGUCGUCCACUACAGCGGUCAUGGUACCCGCCUUCCCGCUGAAACCGGUGAGGAUGAUGAUACUGGGUUUGAUGAGUGCAUCGUUCCCUCCGACAUGAACCUCAUCACUGAUGAUGAUUUCAGGGAAUUCGUGGAAAAAGUCUCAAGAGGUGUUAAGCUCACCAUUGUAUCAGAUUCUUGUCAUAGUGGUGGCCUGAUUGAAGAAGCUAAGGAGCAGAUAGGAGAGAGCACCAAAGAAGAAGGGGAAAAGCACUCUGGAUCCGGCUCUGGCUCUGGCUUUGGAUUGUCAAGCUUUCUGCAUCGGACUGUGGAAGAUGCUAUCGAGUCUAGGGGAUUUCACGUUCCUUCAGCAUUGAGCCAUCGCGGACGCAAUAGGGAUGAAGAUGAUAAUGAUGAGGUUGCAGAUAGGGAGAUUGAGCUUCCAGACGGGAGCCGCGGCUAUGUUAAGAAUAGGUCUCUGCCACUCUCAACACUCAUUGAUAUUCUCAAGCAGAAAACUGGGAAGGAUGAUAUUGAUGUUGGGAAAUUGAGACCUACCCUUUUUGAUGUUUUUGGGGAAGAUGCCAGCCCUAAGGUAAAGAAGUUCAUGAAGGUUAUCCUGAACAAGCUCCAACAUGGUGAGGGUGGUGGUGGUGGUGGUGGUGGUGGAGGAAUAUUGGGGAUGGUGGGGAGCCUAGCACAGGAGUUUCUGAAGCAAAAGCUGGAUGAGAAUGAUGAGGGGUAUGCAAAACCGGCCAUGGAGACAGAAGUGGGAAGCAAGCAAGAGGUUUAUGCCGGAUCAGCCAAACGCGGGCUUCCAGAUGGUGGGGUUCUCUUGAGUGGGUGCCAGACAGACCAGACUUCAGCAGAUGCAACUCCUGCUGGAAAUCCUAACAAUGCUUAUGGAGCUUUCAGCAAUGCAAUUCAGGGUAUACUUGAGAAGAGUGAUGGUGAAAUCACAAAUUCAGAGCUUGUUCUCAAGGCUAGGAAGGAGCUGGAGAGGCAGGGUUUCACUCAGAGACCUGGACUCUAUUGCAGUGACCACCAUGUUGAUGCUUCUUUUGUGUGCUGAUCUGUUGUCAUACAGAGAAAAUGUGUUUUAUUUAUUUAUUUUGGUAAAAAAAAAUACAGAGAGAAUGUGUGUGCUACAAACGUUUAGUUUGUAUUAUUUGUUUGCUAAACAAACUUGGUUGGCGGUUGAGAUGUAUUUGAAUUACAGUCCCCAUCUGUGUUGUGUUA